GGAAGCAGAUGGCGCGCUUGCAUGGGUGUACGACAGCGAUGGCAAAUCGACCCAGCCUAUCAGGGCUGUCCACGCGUUUGUGCUUUUAACUGCCGUUGUGAUUGAUAGUAUCGGGUGGCCAUCCCUCUGCCGGGAUUGUGGCCGCCUAGGUGUUGCACCUCGAUAUAGUAAUAGAGAACUUUACAAUAGUUCCUGAGCAAACUUACUAUUAGCAUCAAUGAGCACACAGGAAAAAGAUCAGAAUACUAGUGAUAAUGAUGCCCAGCAGCGGGGCGCUGGCAAGGGCGAGGGCGGAUCAUCCGCCCGGAACUGGGAUGCGAUGUGGGAGGAGAUGCAGAGGAUGAAGGAGGAUAUGGAUACGCAGAAACGGCAAAUGGAGGAGGAGCGGCAGAAGUUUAUGGUGGAGCGAGAGGAGCUUUACACCAAGUGCGAUGUUCUAGCUACCCAGGUAGCUAAGAACGCCGCCAUGAUGCUGCCGCAGCUGUGUGAACCCGCCAGCAUUACUAGGAAUAUUACCCUUCACGAGGAAUUCCAGCGCUAUAGGGACAUGCGCAUCGAGGCGAGCUCGCUGCAGACCAUGAUCGGCGAAGGAGAUGGCUCGCCGGAGGCUCAGCGGGCUGCGGGCUCGCUGAACCGCUUGUGCAACCUGAUGGACUUGCGCCUGACGUCUAUUAUUGCCGCGGGCCAGUCAUCAUCAAACGCUAAGCAGGAGAUCGCCAACGAGUACUUCCGGCGCUUGCGUGGGAAGAUUGACAACCCCACUGGCGCGUGGGCCAAGGGCAACCUCUCUUUCGGGGACGUACAGCACGACAUCAAGGGCGAGGCAGAGAAGGCGGUAAAGGACUCCGCGGGGAGCAGCAACGAGAACAACCACAAAGGGGAGAAGCGGAGCAGCGAGCAAGCGGGCAGCAGCUACAGGCCAAGCAGCAGCUACAACAACGGAGGCAGCUACAGCGGAGGCGGUUACAACGGAAGCAGCUACAGCUACAAGGGUUCCAAGAGGCCGGAGCAGCAGCAGGACAAGAAGGCGAAGCACUGAUGCUUUGGUGGUUACGGCCGUUUGGGCCUAUGGAGAGUCUGGCGUGUGAGGCGCAGCGCGAGCAACCUUUGGCGAUUAUUAUUUAUUUGGGCCGUUUGGGCCGUGAUGGGCCGUUGGGCCGUGAAUUUAGCCUUAUCCUCGUUUGGAGGUAUGGCAGGAUGGAGCGUGGCGCUGGCGACGAUCGUCAUCGUCUUAUCGCCGUCAGACCGUUGGGGUCGCGGUAUUAACGGAGAGUAACUAUAAUGCAUUGGUAUUUUCUAAGGUCUUCGACGUGGACGGAAGAACAGGAACUUCGAAUGGUUUAAGCGGCCGUGGAGACGGUUAAGAACUUACUUACUCUUUGAUUGCCAACUGUUUUAUCGAUUUAAUUGCGCCAGAGUAAGGCGGAACCCUGGUACUGUACAACAUUCGUCUAUCUGGACGAGUGCUCUUUCGACUUCCCAGUUGUAAGGCUACUAUUCCUUCAA